AUGAUGCAGGCAGGAGUCUGUCUGAGACAGGACACUGAGACAACACUGCCAGAGCUCACUGAGCAGCACUGGAUCAGAAAGAAAGAAGAGGAACUCAGUGGACUGGAGUCUGUUCACAUGGCAGAGUCAGAGACAAAGUGUGCUAUACCAGGACUCAACACACUGGAGCUAGAGUGUGUUACAGCACACAGCAGGGUCAGUGAUGUACAUCACACACACACAUCACUAAUUAAAACAGAAACUGAUUUUGGCUGCACCCACUCUGGGGAUCUUAUUAAGACUGAGAGCCUCGACUGUACAGAGCUGGGAUAUGUAACCCAUCUGCAUCCUGACCAAAUCAAAACAGAGACAGAUGAUGAAGGAUACCUUCAGGCAGAACACCCCAGUGACUUGCAAGAUAUUGUAUGUGUUGACAUAAAAUCUGAUCCAUUGAAGUGUGAAUCCAGUGAAAGUUUAGUUAGUGGUCUUAUGAAUACUGUGAAGACUGAAGCUGGUGUUAAUCACCAAGACCAGAUUGAACCAUGGCAAUGUCCAAUAGAACCAAGCCUAAACUGUAAAAAUGAAGAAAUUCAUCAUAUGCUGACACAAUGUGGGGACUUUACUUAUCAUUGUGAUAUAAACAAUGAAAUUAAUCAGGCUGGAAUUGUCCAGGAAAGCACAAACAGUCGCAAACCAUACAAGUGUACACUGUGUGAGAAGUGUUUUAGUACAAAUUCAUCUUUAAUUAAGCACAUUAGGAUUCAUUCAGGUGAAAAGCCCUACAAGUGUACACAGUGUGAGAAGCGUUUUGGUACAAAAUCUUAUUUGCAUUUACACCAGAGAAUUCAUACAGGUGCAAAGCCAUACAGUUGCAUUCAAUGUGGGAAGUGCUUUUCCAGAAUGUCUAAUUUACGCAGUCACCAGAGAAUUCAUACGGGUGAAAAGCCGUACAAGUGUGCACUGUGUGAGAAGUGUUUUAGUUUAAAAUCUUCUUUAAAUACACACCGGAGAAUGCAUACAGGGGAAAAGCCUUACAAAUGUACUCAGUGUGGAAAAUGCUUUUCCCAAACAAGUGCUUUAAAUUUCCACAAGGUGAUUCAUACAGGUGAAAAGCCUCAUCAAUGCCCUCAGUGUAAUAAGUGCUUUUCCCAGAUACCUAAUUUAAGUAUUCACCUGAGAAUUCAUACAGGUGAAAAGCCUUACAAGUGUACACAGUGUGAGAAGUCUUUUAGUACAAAGUCUGCAUUAAAUGUUCACCAGAGAAUUCAUACAGGUGAAAAGCCCUACAAAUGUGUUCUGUGUGGGAAGUGCUUUUCCACAAAAUUUAAUCUAAGUAGCCACCAUAAAAUUCAUACUGGUGAAAAACCUUAUAAGUGUACACAGUGUGAGAAGUGUUUAAAAACAAAAUAUGCUUUGAACAUACACCUGAGAAUUCAUACAGGUGAAAAGCCAUACAAGUGUACACAGUGUGGUAAGUGUUUUUGUAGAAAUUCAGCUUUAAAUGAACACUUAAGAAUUCAUGCAGGUCCCAAGUGGAGCUUGGGGGCGCGUUCAGUGAGUGUGGUGAAACCUGGACCCCACCCCCUGGGGCCCUCUAAGGGGGCCCUUUAAUCGCGAGCUUGCAGUGCCACACAGACUUUAAUAGUGAUGAAAUUAGUACAACAGUGGUGGUACUCCCUCAGGGGGCCCCUCUCGCUGGAACAUUGAUGGUAGAAUGUAGCGAGUUGGUUCUAUAACAGCCAGCACGAUACGCAAUUUUUAAAAUGAAAUAUUACUUUGUAGGCUACAUAGCCUGCCUGAUGACUACAGUAAACAGGCCAUUUGUAGAAUUUGCAGUGAUGGUUGCUCAAGUAUCAGAAGAAUGUGUUUUAAAAGAGCUAGACAGAACUAAGAUGAGAAACUAAGAACUAACUAUCAGUUGACUGAAAACAUUAAGCUCCCAAUGGCUGUGUCCAGACAAGCGACCCAGCCUUCUAUGCACCUCCUGCACUGCCUUCACCCCCCUCUGUGGACCAUGGCCCUUUGCCUUCCCUGUCUAAAGUACUGAUAAUUGGUGACUCCAUCGUGGGGAACAUGAGGGCUAUAUCCCCCAUUACGUACUGUUUACCAGGCACCAGGGUUUUAAACACCCUUGACUGGAUUCCAAGCCUCCACAACAAACAUCUGCGUAUGCAUAAUGUUAAUGUUGGCACCAAUGACACUGUUUUUCAGCCGUCCAAACUUAUUAAACAUGAUUUUAUUUGUCUUUUUAACACA